AAAAGGCGUUGGUUGUGUUUUCUUCAUUUUUAAUCCUGCAACUGGUGGUAUUAUCUAUUAUCCUUAGUGUAGUAAUGGAAACAUGGAAGCUUCUGAUUCUCACAGUAAUAGCCAUAUAUUACAUAGGACAAGUACACUUCGUACACGGAUUGGAGUGCUAUGUGUGUUCCAACCAAACUGGUAAUACUGAGAAAUGCCUGAAUACAAUAAAAACAUGUGAACCAGGUGAGGAUGCUUGCGGUACGGAGAUACGUUGGGGCAGUCAGCCGUAUUUCUCUCAAGGUGCGCUGAAGCAAUACUAUGUUUCCAAGCGGUGUUUGACGAAGCAACAGUGCCAGCAGCGUCGUAAACGCUACAUGCAGUAUUGCACACAUAUUUGGUACGAGGAUUGGUGGUGUUAUGAAUGCUGCGUCGGCGAUCGCUGUAAUUAUUUUGUGAUUAGUGGGUCAACGCAGCCCCAAAUGGCAAGCCGCACAAUAAUUGGAGGUUUGAUUGUGUUAUCGGUAUUGGGCAUGCUUUCAUGCCUCUAUUAAAACUUGGUAAAGAUUAAUAUAAAGCUCACCUCUCGGAGCCUUCACGUUAUUAAAGCUAAUAAUCGUAACAUGAAACUCGAAUAAUUAAGCACAAAAAUCGUUAGAUAGUUUAUACAAUAUAUUUCAGCAUUAUUGUGUUCGAAUAUUAACCGUCCAAUUAAUAUACAUAGAUACCUUAGUAUAAUGAAGCGGUUUAUUAUUAUUGCUUUAAAAAAGCACUAGCUUUUAUUGAAAAUUUAAUUUACCAAUAAUACCGUGGAUUCUGUUCUCUUAUUAAUAAGAUGUAUCAUGAUAAAAACAGCGUGUACGAAAAUUCAUAAAAAAAUGGGGAAGUUGAAAUGCAUACCUUUAUUGAAUGCAUUUACAAACUGAAAUAUGGUUGAUAUAUGUACAUAUCAUAUUUUUUUCAUCGGUAGCACAAUUUUAAUAUGGUACAAAGUUUGUUUACUUAAGUAUAUAAAAACAUAAGUACAUUCCGAAAGUGUUUUCCGACUUAAAAUCCGAGCACAUUUAAACAGAACAAUAAAAUUGAAUUUGUAUUUAUAA